UCAGACUCGCCAGGACCAGAUGACAAUCCAGUCUGUUUCGCUUCCAUCCCCUCCCUCGCAUCCCCUCGUCUCCCCUCGAUCUCCAGUCGACGCCAACGAUUUCUAUAUCCUAAUCCAGGCCGGAGUACUCUGUAUUCUUUGGUUCCAUUAUUCUACCCCCCUUCCCGAAUCUCCCAAACUGCGACUCUGCGACACUCUGGUGAGAUUUGGUUCCACUUUGUCCUCACCUACGCAGCUCUAAGCCUCUAACUUCCGAGUACAACAUUUUGCACGCCCAAGCUCAACCCUUCGACGCGUCACGGUCUUUCAUAUCACAUCAUCCCACCACCGUCUCUCUUCCCCCUUGACCUCCUCGCCGCAACCUGAACCUCAACCUCGACUUCACUCUCUCCCAUUUCUUCAGUCCCUUCUUUGCUGAAUAUUCAACUCCUGGUCGCUUGCCCCGCCACUCCUCACCACCGUGCCCGCUGCCCAGACUUGACAAUACCUUGGCCGUCAUAUUCAAUCUAUCCCUUGCUUGGCUACGGUCACCACUAUUCCCCCUCGAGCUUGAGCAACGCUUUCGGAGCAUUUGUUUGGAGUUCAAGGCUUAAAGGGAUCAUCCUUGAUACUCCCAUCGUCGUCUCUCCUCGACUCCUCCUUUCUCCCUAUCCUCUACAACAUCGCGCAAGAUGUGGUCCACAGCCGCAUCGUGGGUCGCCCUUCUGGCUCUGACCGCAGCCUUGACCAAAUACUACAACCCUCAAUUGUUUGACAGGCUGACCCAGCAAGCGGUCCAGGCUUCAGAAUCGAUUGCUUCACCAAAACCGGCCGAGAAACGUCAGAAAACGAAGCGAACACAUACCAGUCGAGUGGGACCCACCAGUGGGACCUCGACACCGACCAGUGCCGGUGAAGGCGUUGCACAUAAACGCAGAAAGCUGGCUUCAUCCACAGCUGGUCAUGAAAAGCCAGUCCAGCCAGCUGCGGUGAGGCAAAGCGAGGCAGUCGAAGACGACGAAGCCUCGAUGAGCAACAAGGAUUUUGCUCAGCGUCUCUCCAAGACACAGGCUGGAACGUCAUUAUCAGCCUCAAAAGCAACGGGGACAAGCAAGAAAGAGAGGCGUGCUGCGAAGAAGGCCAGAGGUCCGACAGGGGGGCUAGAGGCAUCCGCCAUCUCGACGGCAUCCUCCGUCACUGACGGGCCUGAUGCUGAAGAUGACUUCUCUCCUGUAGGGUCCCCUUCAACGGGUCCAGUGUCUACGGCGCCAACCUCUCGUGCGGAUGAUGUGUCGGAUAUGUUGGAAGCUCCAGCAGCCAAGCCCACCACGCUUAGAUUGACCGACGUCAAGGAGAAGAUCAAAAGCCUUCCCAAGACAGGCAGCAACAAGUUUGAGCCUGUCUUGUCAAAGAAGCAACGUCAACGACAGGCGAAGCAGGCAGAGCAAAAGGCUUUGAAGGAAGAGUCGGAUCGGCUUCAUGAUGCUAAGAAACAGCAACAAUUACGGACGGCCAGGACUGCCGCUGGAACUUCUAACCAGACCAAGGCAGACAACUUCGCAGCGAAGCAAAACGCCUGGCAGUCUGGUAAGCCGACAACGUCAGGGACUUCUGGUCAGACAGCAGAAGUUCGACAUGCACCAUUGUUGGACACAUUUGACCCUGUAGGUGAAUCUGCGAAACCUGUCAACGGAGCUGUGUCGUCGGAGCCACUGUCCAACAUCACCAACGUCCCAACCGAGGCGACCAAUGUCAACCAGGUUCGGAAGGAACAAGGAGAGUCCAAGACGAAUGCAAUGGCGGCAUCCAGUCGAGAAAAGGUAUCACGACCUGAGCUACAGGCAAAAGCAAGCUGGGCAGACGAGGUCAACGACGAGGAACAGGAUCAAUGGGCCAGCGAGCUUGUGCAAGACGAGAAAUGGGAAUCCGUUACCAGCAAAAAGGGCAAAAAGAAGGCCAGAAAGGAUGUCGAGACCAGUAGCGAAGCCAGUUCAUCGGUGCCAAAAACAACAGUGACCGAGACCAAGUCAUUGACCAAUGGACUCAAAAGCAAAGAGACAGUGAAAGCGAAAGUCGAUUCGGGAAAUCGGUUCGCGUCUAUGGAGGACACAGGUUCUUCAUCAUUUAAAGAUGCUGAUUGGGAGGCAUAGUGUGAGUGCUACCUGAACAAUGCAGAGUGGUACACAUGAAAGCAUCAAGGGUCGAAUUUAAAACAUUUGCAACAUUGUCAUUGUAUGGGAUGGUUGAAAAUGGGAGCAUUGUUGAGUGCAGUACUUUAAAGGGACUGGCAGGCAUCCAAAGUCCAAAGGUUGGCGGAGAAAGACACCUGGUCCAGGCGCUAGGGGGUGGAAAUACUCGCUCUAUGUCUAUGUAGGCGCAAGGAGUUGGUUGCAAAUUCACAAUUCCUUUUUCUCGUCCUGGACUCGAGCAAAAAUGCAUUGUAUUGAUACCCUCACACGAUCGAUCGAUCGAGCAGAGAAUGCAGAGCAGAGCAGAUAGGUCAAAACUUACCGGACAAGAAUAGGAACCUGUU